GCAUGUGAUCAGUCAUGGAUUGGCCUUGUCUGUAAGCGCUGCUCUGAGAUCAGCUGUUGGAGAGCUGCUGCCUCUCAUUACACACUGAUCUCUCUCUCUCUCUCUCUGUGUUUACUGUCUCUCUCUCUCUCUUUCUCCGUCUACCUGCCUCAGAAGGAGAGAGCGAACGACAUUACACAAGCCUUCAAAUACGUCUCCCUGUCCAGCUCUUGGGAUUUUUAAAGGGUCUUGGAUUUAAAGCUUUAUUUUCAUAUACAUUCAUCCUUAUGGAGCUGAUCUGACUCUUCUUCAGCCUGUUGCUGCGUGAUUGAGCUGCUGGGUCAGGGGAUUUUGGGCUAGGGGUAGUUAUAUUGCCGCCGUCUGCGGGGCGGGGGGGACACGCAUGCCGCAUGCUGCAGAUGGUACGGACCCUCGCCCAGUUCACCAUCACCCUGGAGGAGAUGCAGGAGAGCGGAGAGAGCAUCAGUGAUGAUGGUGGAGGUGUGGGUGAAGAGGUGGAGCGCUCCGUCACUGCCGAGCCCAAUGGAAACGGCAUUGUGGGAAACACUGGAGCUCCUCAGACCAUUGCUGAGGAUAUGAGAAGACAUGUGAUGAUGAAUCUGCUGGACGCUGAACAGUCUUACGUGGAGUCUCUGCGCACACUCAUUCAGGGCUACAUGAAGCCGCUGAAGCAUCCAGAAAACCCGCCUUUGUGUGACCCGUCACUUGUGGACGAGAUGUUUUACCAGAUCCCAGAAAUCCUGGAGCACCAUGAGCAGUUUCUGGAGCAGGUGCUGGACUGUGUUCACCAGUGGCACGACAAGCAGACCAUCGGACACGUGCUCAUUCAGUCGUUUUCCAAAGAGACUCUGGCUAAUAUUUAUUCUGCAUACAUCGACAAUUUCAUGAACGCCAAAGACGCUGUGAGAAUCGCCAAGGAGGCCAAACCUGCUUUCCUCAAGUUUCUGGAGCAAAGCAUGCGUGAGAACAGAGAGAAACAAGCUCUGGGUGACCUGAUGAUAAAGCCGGUUCAGAGAAUCCCUCGAUACGAGCUGCUGGUCAAGGAUCUGCUGAAACACACUCCUGAGGAUCAUCCAGAUUACCUGUUUCUGUUGGAUGCUCAGAAGAACAUCAAGCGUUUGGCGGAGCGGAUCAACAAGGGCAGACGCAGUGCAGAGGAGCUGGAGAGAGAAACACGCGUCAUGCAGGAGAUCGAGGCGCACAUCGAGGGUGUAGAACAUAUCCUAAACCCACAGAGAAAGUUCCUGAGACAAGAGAUGGUGGUGGAAGCGAAAACGGUGGGCGGGAAGAAGGACCGCUCUCUGUUUCUGUUCAGCGAUCUGCUGAUCUGCACCACACUCAAGAGGAAAUCUGGCUCUCUGCGCAGGAGCUCCAUGAGUUUAUAUUCUGCUGCUAGUGUCAUCGACACCUCCAGUAAAUACAAGUUCCUGUGGAAACUGCCUUUAGAAGACAUAGAGGUGGUGAAAGGUUCUAAUCAAGCCACUAACAGAGAAAAUGUCCAGAAAACCAUCAGUCGUCUGGAUGAAGAUCUCAGCACACUUGGACAAGUCAGCAAACUGUCAGAAACACUCAGUUUCCCCCAUCAGAGUUUGGACGAUGUGAUUAAGGAUCUGAUGGCGUCGGUUCACCGUGAGCUGGCCGAGAAGCAGUCUCUGGCCUUCAGCAUGACUUUACUGCCCACUAAACUGGAGCUGAGCUGCACUUCAGCCGAGAGCAGCUUCAUCUUUGAGUUCAGCAGUCCGGACACUCGCAGCAACUUCGAGCAGGCCUUCGAGGAGGCCAAGAAGAAACUCGCCAUGAAUAAGGACCAGUGGGACCCGGAGUUCCUGAAGGCCAUCCCGAUCAUGAAGACGCGCAGCGGGAUGCAGUUUUCCUGUGCGUCUCCCAGCCACAGCUGCCCGGAGAACACGUAUGAGGUGUGGGUGUGUAACAGCGAUGGUUACGUUGGUCAGGUGUGCCUGCUGAACAUCCGGGACGAGCCCACGGUGGAGGCCUGCAUCGCCGUCUGCUCCGCUCGCAUCAUCUGCAUCGCCACUGUUCCGGGACUCAAGAACAGAGAGCGUGUGGUUCACUCCACACCGACGGCUCCAUCAGAUUCAAACUCUGCAGCGACAACUCAACCACAGCUCCACAUCUGCAUCUCUGGCUCGUCUCUGGAGCUCAGCGAGCCGCCAGCGGUGCCCACUGCAGAACUCGUGCCCUUCGACAGCGACGACACUGACGAUGAGGACUCGCCCAGCCCUUCAUCAACACUGCAAAGCCAGGCCUCACACUCCACCAUAUCAUCCAGCUUCGGCAAUGAUGAAGCGGUGGUGGCGAAGGACAUGGCCACAGAGACCACCAGCUCAGAGGAGGAGCAGGAGUUCCCAGUGCCCAGCUCUUUUGGAGCCCCUCGCCUCAGUGCUGAGAGCCCCAUGGAUGGACGAGCCAUGCGCCGCUCCAGUCGAGGCUCCUUCACCCGCGCCAGCCUGGAGGACCUGCUGAGCAUCGACCCCGAGGCCUACCAGAGCUCCGUGUGGCUCGGCACCGAGGAUGGAUGCAUCCAUGUUUACCAGUCAUCAGACAACAUCAGAAACCGGAAGAACAGUAUGAAGAUGCAACACUCGGCUUCAGUCCUUUGUAUCCUGUAUCUUGACAAUAAAGUGUUUGUGUCUCUGGCAAACGGAGAGGUUAUUGUGUAUCAGCGGGAGGCAGGGAGUUUCUGGGAUCCUCAGAGCUCUCAGACUCUGUGUCUCGGGUCUCCAAGCGGACCUGUGACUAAAAUGGUUCCUGUGGCGGGAAAACUGUGGUGUGGCUGUCAGAACCGCAUCCUUAUCAUCAACACCAGCACUUUAACACAAGAGCACUGGUUUCAGGUGGGUCAGGACAGCGGGCGCUGCGUGACCAGUAUGGUGUGUUUUGGUAAAGGUGUCUGGAUCGCUCUGCAGGGCAGCGCUCAGGUGCGUCUCUAUCACUCCUCCACAUACGAGAGUCUCACUGAGGUCGACGUCGCUCCAGCCGUUCACAAGAUGCUGGCAGGCUCUGAUGCUAUUAUACGUCAGCACAAGGCGGCGUGUUUGCGGAUCACAGCUCUUCUGGCCUGUAAGGAUCUGCUGUGGAUCGGCACCAGUGCAGGGGUGGUGUUGACUCUGGUGGUCCCGCCGGUGUCCUCCAGCACAGGAUCUGGAUCUCUGCGUGUCCCGCUGAUCCCCAUGGGCUCUGCUCACGGACACACUGGACAUGUGCGCUUUCUGACCUGCAUCGAGCUGCCAGAGGGAUUCGACGUGUCUUUUCCUCCGCCAGCAGAGUCAGCAUCACAGAACAGCUCAGACAGCGGCACGGGAGGCCUACAGAGGCGAGAUUCAGCCAGACGACGCGCCUCCACCCUCCUCCCCACCAAAUCCAACCUGCUGGUCAUCAGCGGCGGCGAUGGCUAUGAAGACUUCAGACUGACCAAUAGCAGCGAGACGGUGGGGCGGGACGACAGCACCAACCACCUAUUGCUGUGGCGUGUCUAACAAAAGCCCCGCCUCCUCUACGUACAAGCUGCUGGACACGCCCAUGCACUUCACCCCAAAACCCCGCCCCCUUUCUGUUCUCUGGUGAUGCGCUUGUAAGACGUCGACAAAUUACGUUACGUUGUGUAUUUCGUAAAUGGUGUAAAAUAUUGAUCGCGCUUUGCAAUGUGAUGUUUCCUGUGGGCGCUUUUGAUAUCGUGUACGUUUGGAAAAGCGGAGGAAAGAGAAAAGAAUUGAUCGAGAGACGGUUCAAAUUUACAUUAAUGUAAAUUUACGUAAUAUAAAUGGGUUUAAAUGCUGAAGCAGGGAGGAUUGUGGGUAAUGGAUGUUAAAGACGGGGGUUUUUUUUCAUCGUAGAGGUCAGUCCGCACACUAUAUGGUCAACUACUGGUCUAGAAAGACUGUGAUUUCAUUGGAGAAUGAAGUUUUUGUUUUUGUUAAAGCUCUCUAUUUGUGCCGAGAGUUAUUCUUACGUAACCAAUGUGCAAUAUAAGGCUAGAGUACCUACAAAACCGCUAUAUCACUCACAAACACACACACUUUAACACUCCAAUAAUCAACAAACUCACCGUCAGAGUUAUUACACAUUAUCACUUUAUUCUUUCGGUUAUCGAAUCAUGUUUAUGUAUAAAAAAAAGAUUACGUCUUCACUAUGUUAUGUACCGCAAUGACAUUCCAUAUAUAGGUAUUGUGACAAAAGAAAUCGUUUUGUACAGUAUUUAUGUUUUUCAUUUUUAGUUACGUCUUUUUUUUACAUAGCACUUAAUUUAUAAAUAAAGCGUAGUCUGGCGGGGCUUGUUUUUUUUCUGCUGAAAGGUUUUGACAUUGGGUAGGGUUGCAUUCGUGAGAUUAUUCAAAGAUUAUAGCUUGAUGAAACAUCCAGGUUAUAUUUCAUUCUUAAAAUCAAAAUAAACUAACAUUUAAAAUAGUUUUGCAUUAAGAUCUGCAUUAUUUUUAACACAAUUAAGCAGAUUUCCCUCUAAUAAUGGCGUACUUUGAAAUAGGGUUGACAUGAUACUGGAAUUUGAUACUAAUCGAUACUGAAAUUUUAAAAACGUUUAUUUCACGCUAACAUUUGAGUGUGUUCUUAAACAGCGCUGAUUUUCCAUU